AUGCAGUACUUUAUAGGCAUAAGUAAACAAGAACAUCAACAAAUAUUAGAAGCAACACCUAGGCUGAGGAAUAUGCAUCGGGGUAGUUUUGCAUUAACAGCCUUAUUGUGCAAGUUAAGGACUGGAGAUUCAGGAGACAGAUUGUCGUGCUUAUUUCAAGUACCAAGAAGGACCAUAGAAACAUUAAUGUCUGUAGCAAGAAAUAUCUUGUUAACAGACUAUGUUCCACAAUUUCUUGGAUUUUCUCAUUUAAGAAGAGAGCAGGUGGCAGCAAAAACUACCAACAUUGCCAAUCACAUUUUUGAUGCAGCUGAUUUUGUAAUAUACUGUUUUAAUAGAUCGUCGUUAUAUGUCGGGGACAGGAGGGAGGACGGAUCCAGACUCCACGACGGUACGUGUUGGGAGCCCACUCGAGAAACCCAUGUACCAAAAAGUGCCACGGUGUUGGGUUCCCAACCAGCCUGCGCCGUCGUUGGACCGAUCGCAAGUUCGGCACUCUUGCGGACACCCAGACCCUCGGCAUACGCGUCGCAGGUGUCCUCACCAGCUGAGUUCAUGGAGAUUCCGAAGACGUCAGAUACCCCGAAGGGUGUAUCUGUAAACCCCUCUUCGUCCUCUGUAGGUCGUGAACGGAAGCUGGUCUACAAUGUGGACGAUCCGGAGCUGGCGGAUCUUGUGAACUACGGAAGUGAUCCAGAUGAUGACGAGGGCGUGGACGAAGAUGACGACGUCUUCGGAUAUAUGCAGUGUCCUCGAAACGAACGAAUUUAUUUAGAUUCGUUGAUGGAUUUCGAUGCGCCGAUGGACCUGCCUACCGAGCCGUCAUCAUCGGCGGAAUCAAUUAGCCCGCCGCCAUCCACACCCGCGCCAUCCACAUCCACGCCAUCCACACCCGUAAGUGCUGCAUCGGCAACCCAGGGCCCACACUCGCUCGCGGAAUUUUAUUGGGAGUCGUUGCCCAUACCAGCAAUUCCCCCCAGCAGCGUAGGGAGAAAUUCACAGGGUCGGUAG